ACCACCCCCACUCCACGACGCCAAGCAAUCCACCUGCCUUGCCGGAGCCACGCACGCCGCCGCCGCCCGCCGACCGCCGGGGAAUGGGGAGCACGGGGCGGGACGCGGAGGAGGUGGCCCGCGCCGACUUCCCCGAUGGAUUCGUCUUCGGCGUCGCCACCUCCGCCUACCAGAUUGAGGGAGCGAGACGGGAGGGGGGCAAAGGAGAUAACAUAUGGGAUGUUUUCACCGAAAACAAAGAACAUAUCUUAGAUGGGAGCAGUGGAGAAGUUGCAGUUGAUCAUUACCAUCGAUACAAGGAAGACAUUGAGCUCAUGGCCAGUUUGGGUUUCCGUGCUUAUAGAUUUUCUAUAUCUUGGCCACGCAUAUUUCCUGAUGGCCUGGGGAAAAAUGUCAAUGAGCAAGGAGUUGCCUUUUAUAAUGACCUUAUCAAUUUCAUGAUUGAGAAAGGUAUUGAGCCAUACGCAACUUUGUAUCAUUGGGAUCUUCCGCAUAAUCUUCAGCAGACUGUGGGUGGUUGGCUUUCUGAUAAAAUUGUGGAGUACUUUGCACUGUAUGCAGAAGCUUGCUUUGCAAAUUUUGGAGACAGAGUAAAGCAUUGGAUAACAAUCAAUGAGCCUCUUCAAACUGCAGUUAAUGGUUAUGGAAUUGGACAUUUUGCACCUGGAGGAUGUGAAGGGGAUACUUCUAGAUGCUACUUGGCAGCCCACAACCAAAUCUUGGCUCAUGCUGCCGCUGUUGAUGUUUACAGAAGGAAAUUCAAGGAUGUGCAAGGUGGUGACGUAGGCUUGGUUGUUGAUUGUGAGUGGGCAGAACCAUUUUCGGAGAAAACAGAAGAUCAUGUAGCUGCGGAACGAAGGAUUGACUUUCAACUAGGAUGGUACCUGGACCCAAUAUAUUUUGGUGAUUACCCAGCAAGUAUGCGUCAUCGGCUGGGCAACGAUCUUCCAACCUUCUCGGAGAAAGAUAAAGAAUUCAUCAAGAACAAAAUUGACUUUGUUGGAAUAAAUCAUUAUACUUCAAGAUUCAUUGCUCACCAUCAGGAUCCAGAAGAUAUUUAUUUUUACCGAGUACAACAAGUGGAGAGAAUAGAAAAAUGGAAUACUGGUGAAAAAAUUGGUGAAAGGGCUGCAUCUGAGUGGCUUUUCAUUGUUCCCUGGGGCCUUCGGAAAUUACUUAAUUAUGUAGCAAAGAGAUAUGGAAACCCUGUGAUAUAUGUAACUGAGAAUGGCAUGGAUGAGGAGGACGAUCAAUCAGCAACACUCGACCAGGUUUUAAAUGAUACAACAAGAGUUGGUUACUUCAAAGGAUACCUUGCGUCAGUUGCACAAGCAAUCAAGGAUGGUGCUGAUGUUCGUGGAUACUUUGCAUGGUCGUUCUUGGACAACUUCGAGUGGGCUAUGGGAUACACCAAGAGGUUUGGUAUUGUUUAUGUUGAUUACAAGAAUGGGCUUUCCCGACAUCCUAAAGCAUCGGCCCGGUGGUUCUCACAUUUCUUGAAGGGCGAGGAAGCUGAAAAUAAAGCUGACAUGAACUAGUUCAUCCUGAAGAAAGUAAAGGAACAUUGCACAGUAAUUGUUUCUACUGUUGUUGUAUCUUAUUGAUAUAUGUAGUGUGUCACUAUAUCUAUUCAUCAUCAUAAUUAUUAUAUAUCUCAGACGUGCUGUUUAGUUUGUCA